ACAGCAGAUUGGUCACGGGUAAAGUCGCAGCGUUGCGGCUGGGAAUUGUGCAUGAAUGUCCCCUGGAACGCACACGGGAGCACGACGCCAUUAUUUGCGGCCCCAUCCCAAGAACUCUGGUGAUUGUGCCUUCAUUUCCGUGUUGCGUUUUGGUAUGACCCCACUGCAGCGCGUGGCGACAUUGCUUCUCGUCUGCGUAACCUGGAGAGCUCCUCAGGUCGUCGCCGACGUCUCCGCAAGCACCCUACAGGGACCGAAUUCGAUACCAGUGAGCGCCAAUGCUUGGGCCAUCGGCAGCGUCUCUGCCGGCUGCUCCCAAUGCCGAGAUAGCGGCAACUGCUCCGUCGCCAUGAAUGACACGUUGUCCGGUGUGUUUUGUGGCGACCUUCAUGCUUCAGCAGACACACAGCCGUGCUGUUGUCCGUACUUCACCGAAUGCCGAGUAACCCGCCAGUCCAAGACUUGCAAAUGCGGCGGACCGUGGCCGUUUGCCAUACGUCACGAGAGACUCUCAGUAACAGAACCAGUGAACGAAACAGAGAUCCUGACAGAAGAGAAUAUCUCGCCGGAAGUCGACGACCCGAUGAGCAACCAAAUGUCCGUCUCCACUGAGAUCCUGAUCCACUUGUCGGCGUAUCUUGCGCUAUUUGUUUUUGCAAUGUAUGUGGAUCAGUGGGUGGAGUGUUUCAGUGACUUCAGACGGAACCAAAUGGUAGCGUACGGAGAGGCGGUUGAUAUGAAGCUGCUGCGCUUCCGCCAGCGCUUCGGUAAGCGGAGGCGGGACUCUCAAACGGAUACUGAGACCGACGAUAAUCUGCCGCUGCUAGUGUUAGAAUCCCCAGCUCCAACCUCAAGACCUGCUUUCACCUUUGAAGAAUCUGAAGUCGAAGAUAGUCCCAAGGAUGCCGUCGAGAAAGCAGCAUCCGAACAAGUCGUCGUUGUCACUGUUCCUGUUGAUGUUGUCCAAGAAGUGAAUACCAGUCCACCAACGUCCCCUUUAGAGCUGGAAGAAAUCCCGUUAGAGUAAUAAUCUUUGUGAUAGUUGAGUGCGAGUUCGUGUGUAUCAUAAUAUCAACCUACAUUCACAAUUAUUCCA